UAACAAGAUGACAAGCAUUCGACAGUAGACUACCACAAAAAUGGCGCUCGCUGAAGUUUGCGGUCUCAAUUCAUUUGUUGAUUUUAAUGCAACACGCGAGAAGAAUUAUUUUUCACAGGAAAUUCAAGCUUACAGCAGGAAUUUCAUUAACAAUGCACAGCUGGCUGUACCACCCUACGUAAACCCAGCAGAAAACUUGGCUCGCCUCACAGAAGGAACAGAUGAAACUGGGAAACAUAUCAAGAUUAAAUUUGAUCAUGGAACUACCACAUUGGGUUUUCAAUACAAAGGCGGUAUUGUUCUUGCUGUUGAUUCACGUGCAACAGGAGGCCAAUUUAUUGGUUCUUCCACUAUGAAGAAGAUUGUCGAAAUUAAUGACUAUCUUCUUGGAACUUUGGCUGGCGGUGCUGCAGACUGUGUCUACUGGGACAGAGUAUUGGCAAAAGAAUGUCGCAUGUAUGAAUUGAGAAAUAGAGAACGCAUUUCUAUUGCAGCUGCUAGCAAACUUUUGUCUAAUAUGAUAUAUAAUUACAAAGGAAUGGGAUUGAGUAUUGGUAUGAUGCUUGCUGGAUGGGACAAAAGAGGACCUAGUUUGUAUUAUGUGGAUUCAGAAGGUACUCGUACACCAGGGAAAGUUUUUAGCGUAGGAUCAGGAUCAAUCUAUGCAUUUGGUGCUCUAGAUUCUGGUUAUAAUUGGGAUUUAUCUGAUGAAGAAGCUUAUGAACUGGGCAGACGAUCCAUUUACCAUGCCACCCACAGAGAUGCUUACUCUGGUGGUAUUAUAAGAGUUUAUCAUAUGAAAUCAACAGGCUGGGUACAUAUUUCUGAUGAAGAUUGUAAAGACCUUCAUUAUAAGUAUGAAGAACAGAAGCAAAAAGAUGUCAACUAAUAGGAAUUAAAUAUCAUUGUACUCUGUCAAAUGUUUCCUUUAAUAAAAUCGAUUUCUAUAAACAAAA